CCGGAGUUGUUUGUGGUGGCGGGGUUUGGAUGCCAUCGCAUGUCGUCAACAUCGGUAACAGUAGAGCCUCUAGAGAGAGAGAGAGAGAGAGAGAGAGAGAGGGAGGCAGAGAUAGGCAGAGCAGAGAAGUGAGACAUAGACAGUUAGGUAGAGUAGACAAGUCGGACAUAGAUAGACAGUUAGUUGGAGAAGGAAGGAAGAAUAGGCAGGGCGGAGUAGACGCGAGCGAAGUAUAGAAAGGAGUACUGUCCUUGUGUACAAGGAAUCUGUUCUCGUUUCCUCAUCAGUGUGAUGUUUCAGCAAUAGUAGUAGUAGUAGUAGUAGUAGUGGCCUCAUCAAAUCGAACGAUUUUUCCGAGUUUGUCUUUUAGGGAAGGGAACGGCUGUUGGUGCUGGGCUGCCGCGUCCUCGUCGGAGACUCCAGGAUCGGCGGUUGCGUGGGCAGUAACCAUAUUUGACUUCGUUGGUCUUUCUCGUUGCUUUCCCUUCCCUUCUCUUCUCUUCUCUCCUCUCCUCUCCUCUCCUGUCUUGCAUUUCUUUCCUCUGUCAAUUAGGCCGCGUCCGUCUGUCUAUUCCUCGUCGUCCGUAGGUGGUGGUGGCUUGGGGGCUCUUCUGCCUGAACUCUGGCCCGAUCCGCUCCUCCGUCUGUCGUGAAGUUCCGUUCCUGGGCCGAAGUUUCGGCUCCUCGCUAGCCUCCUCCCCGCGCCUUGCUCUCCAUCUCCUUGCUAGCGUCCGAAUUGCCUCUCUCACAACUUAGUCUAUCUGUCUGUUUGUCGUGCAAGUCUUCGAAAUCGUCGGAAUCGCCUGGCGGAGAGAAAAGUCGUCGUCGUAGUGUCUGUUCUGAGCUGGCAUUCGCGGAAGCUACUGCUCUUUUCUGCUCUUUUUGUUCCCUCUCUCCCUCCCUCUCCUACGCGUUUUCUCCUCCUCCCUUAUCCAUCGCCUUUGCUCCGCUUUUCUCUACUCCUUUGCCCUAUACGCAAUUUAGGCAAAUGUAGUGGCCGUAGCAAAGCUUGUAGUAUAUAAGAUCCAGAGAGGGUAUUCUGCCGCUGGUUUGGUAACGUUCAUGUUCAGCAUUUAGCAGUUCGCGUGGAGAACGGUGUGGCGACCUCCCCCCCCUCCCCUCCCUGUCAUCCCCUUUUCCCCGUUUCUUUUGCCAGUGGGUGUCGGUGGCGAUUCCACCAUUGCAGCCUGCUGCUGCGGGCGCGGCUGCUUUUGCUCCUGCUCUUUCCAGCUGUCUGCUAUUGUUGGUUGGUGCUGCUGCUGCUUCCGGUGUGAAGGUGAAGUGAAGCGUGCGCCCACUGCUGCUUGCUGUACAGAGAGGCGUCUUCUUUUAGCGAGAAGGAUGGCCUCUGUUACGGACGCCACCUCCUGCGAUAACAAUAUGAUGCCUGUCUCUUUGAAUGGCUGCAUUAAGAAGAAGCGCCCGCGGUCGUCGUCCCCUGAGCCUGAGACGGAAAGAAAGAGGAAGCUGGCAUGCGUACGACCUGCUCCAUUGGAUAUCGGCACCAUCCGCCGGCGUUUAAAGCUCAAAAUCCAGGUGGUUGAGCCCUUGGUGUCGCCUGUUUCCUCCCUUUGCCCUCCUGCGCAGGACUCCUCUAGCUCAUUGUCUGGAAGCGGGGCCGUCUCUUGCGGCGGGGAUGUUGAAGACACGGAGUGCAGCACGCCGAAGGGAAAGCAGUACGAGAUUCCAGAACCAGUAUUACCACCGGCUCCAAGGAAGGCGCAGCUAUGUCGGAAGAGAUUACGGAGGUGUGCGGGGCCGCUCUUUCAGAUGAACGACGACGACUUCGACCACUUCUUCGCGCCGCAUCGGUUGUAGCCGCUGAUCUCUCAUUUGGGAGGACGGUGACAGAGCGAAGCUACUAACAGGGAUUGUGUUUGCCCACUUCAAGACGACGAGAGCACACAGGGCAGGAGCAGCGGAUCACCGUGUCCGUCAGGCAUUAUUUGUCUAUUGAGAAUUAUUACGGUGUUGGCAUGGUAAGCUAGGAAAAGCCGCGUUCAUCCACAUGCCACCAUCGCCGUCCUAUCGGACCAUGCUUGAUCUGUCAUUGAUAAUGACGAUACGCUGCUAUGGUUGCUUACUGUAUUAUCGUCUCUGCAGCUCUGCAGCUCUGCUCUGCUGUGCUCUGGCGCUGUGUGUAAGAGCAGAGGGUAAGCUUGAAGUCCCUCAACUUCGUCUUCAGCGUUUCGACACGGUUAUAGAUUUGUACUUACCGGUGCGAACCAUAUGUCGCGUUCUAUCUAUCGCAUAGAUAGGAGAGAGAACCAAGACGGGAAUCUGUCGAGUAUUUGUGGCGGAUACAAAUGGAGGACCUGGCGUCCCAAGUGGCAAGUACUAUUCUUCCUGCAAAGAGCACUGGGAGUUCGUAGCAUCGCAUCGGUAUGUGCAGCUACCGUCUUCCCUCAAAUAAAACGUACGGUCAUUCUGCCUGUAUUUGGCACAACUUUCAGUCCAGAUGCAGCGAGAAUGACAGUACGUUCUAUUCGGGUGAAGGCGGUAGCUCAGAGCGCUCGACGGCGAUGGCUCUGGCGUGAUAUCCUAUGUGCGGAGUGUUCCAAAAAAAGCGCGCUGGAGCGGAGUGCAUCGGAGGAGUUUUGUGUCGAGUGGUGUGAGGAGUCAGGUCGAAAUUUCGUUGUUGUCGAAGUGAUCGAAGUGGAAGCGAUCUCUGCCGGGAAAACAAUUCGUUUGAAGUAACGAUAACGAUGGCGAGGACUAGAACGGUUUGUUUCACCCGUCGGCUUUUCUUCCUGUACACGUGGCGGUCGCAGAUUGCAAGCGUGCCGCGUGGUGGUGGUGAUGGGAUAGAGAGGAGAGGGGGUUGGAAGUGUAUAAUUCCCCGUCAGCUUUCUUCCUGUACACGUGGCGGUCGCAGAUUGCAAGCGUGCCGCGUGGUGGUGGUAAUGGAAUAGAGAGGAGAGAGGGGGUUGAAAGUGUACAAUUCUCAACGCAGCGUUGAUCAUGACUGAGACUCUCUCUGAGUCGUUUUGUAAAUGAGAUGACACGAAACGUGAUGUGCUGCUGCUCGAUUCGGGAUGGCGGUGUCUUCAUGAUGAUUGAACCUCCCGCUUGCGCAAAGUAGUGUGUAACGACAGCGAUCUGACGUACGUGUACGGUAUAGACAGGGAGGGACGCCCGGUUGGCUUGUGCAAGCUGGUC